AUGCUUAACCAGUUAGCACAUAAAGUUAAAUUAUGUUGCCAGGAUAUUACCAAACUUGAAGUUGAUGCGAUAGUUAACGCCGCAAACAGCUCUUUGCUCGGUGGAGGAGGAGUGGACGGAGCUAUUCAUAGAGCAGCAGGAAAGCAACUGCUGGAAGAAUGUCGAACCUUAAAUGGCUGUCCUGAAGGUGAAGCCAAAAUAACAAAAGGAUACAAUCUUCCUGCAAAACAUGUCAUACACACCGUGGGUCCACAAUCAGAAAAGCCAGAUGUUUUAAAGGGCUGCUACCAACGCAGUCUUGAGUUACUGGAACAGAAUGGUCUCAGAACAAUUGCCUUCCCUUGUAUUGCUACAGGCGUAUAUGGCUAUGACAAUGAAAAGGCAGCAAACAUUGCUUUAAAAACUGUUCAUGAUAAAUUGGAGAGAGAUAUGAAAAAGGGAGAGGAUAAGAUCGACCAAGUCAUUUUUGUCUUGUUUAAUGAAAAGGACAAGCCAAUUUAUAAAGAUUUAUUACCAAAAUACUUUCCUGGUGCUUCAACAGACUGUUAA